AAACCUUCCCUUCUGUGUCACUUAGAAAGUUUCUUGUCCACCAACUCAAACUAGAAAUGCUCCUGAACUAUUGCUUUCUGGCCUCUGUACGUAUUUAUUAAGUUCUCUAUAUCUUCCUCUCUCCUUCCUACAAUAUUUCAUAAACAAGGAGAAGAAGAAAAGGUGAGUGAGGAGGAGAAGUAAGAUUGGGAGAUAUGGGGAGAGGCAAGAUUGAGAUCAAGAGGAUAGAGAACUCAAGCAACAGGCAGGUCACCUACUCAAAGAGGAGAAAUGGGAUCAUAAAGAAGGCCAAGGAAAUCAGUGUUCUAUGCGAUGCUAAAGUUUCCCUUGUGAUCAUCGGGAGCUCCGGAAAGAUGCAUGACUACUGCAGCCCUUCAACUCCGCUCGUUGAUCUCUUGGAUGAUUACCAUAAGCAGUCUGGGAAGAGGUUGUGGGAUGCGAAGCAUGAGAACCUCAGCAAUGAAAUUGAUAGAAUCAAGAAAGAGAACGACAACCUGCAGAUUGAGCUGAGGCACUUGAAGGGGGAGGAUAUCUCAUCAAUGAACGACGCCAAAGAGCUCAUGCUCCUGGAGGAAGCCCUUGAAAAUGGUCUUUCCAGUAUCCGCGAGAGGAAGAUGGACUUCUGGAAGAUGGCUAAGAAAAAUGAGAAGAUUAUGGAAGAGGAGAAUAAGCACCUUAAUUUGAUUCUGCACCAACAGGAGAUGGCGAUGGGAACAAGCAGAGAUGUGGACGAUGGCUAUGAGCAGCGAGUGAUCAGGGACUAUAAUUCUCAGAUGCCUUUUGCCUUCCGUGUGCAGCCAAUUCAGCCAAAUCUACAAGAAAGGAUGUAAUAGGAGUAGUAGUACUACUGAUGCUCCUGAUGGAAGAUAUCGAUCUAAUUAAGCUCGAUCUGAUCUCUAGCUUGCUAGCUAGCUAGAAUAUCUUUUGAAAAAUAACUUUAAAAUAGCUUUAUUUCCAUGCAUAGUUUGUAACAGCUAGCUAGACUUGAUCAUGCAUGCAUGCCCAGCUUUGUGCUAGCUAGCUUCUAAUAUUUAUGCUUGUUAUAAGUACUUAGUACUUAAUUAAACGUUCUAGCUACCCUGAUCUUAUAAAUAAAGUGUGUGAACUUGGAUUGUCGUACGGCUACUAA